UAUCAUCACCCAGGUGUGUGACCUACAAACACAGAGAAACCUGUGGCGUAAUGGGCUCAUUCGUAGAGUUUCCCUGCUCUUUUCCCAAUAAUAGUCAGGUCAUCUCAAUAUCAGGAUGGUCCAAAAAAGUGAAACCCACAAUGAAACCUCAACCCUUGAAAGAGAUGCUCGCUUAUUCGCUGCGAAUGAACUACCUUGAACGUGGAAACAAUGACUGCACGAUUAAACUUAGAGAUUUAAAAAAGACGGACGCAUCCAUUUACUAUUUUGUAUACAAUUUUAGAAAAGUUACAGGUGAUAGCGUGACAUGUGAUGGUGUACCUGGUGUGAGACUCAAUAUUUUUGCAUCUCCUGUGAGAAUCCGAUUGGAGAAGCUUGUUGGGGGACCGGAUGUGCCUGUUAAAGAUUGGACAGUGAUGGAGGGUCAGAGGAUAAUGCUGACUUGUGUCUCCACCUGCGCUGCAAAUCUGAACUCCAACCCAAGCUAUAUCUGGUACAAGAACAGACUGCAAUUAAAUGGCAGCAGUGCAAACUCCCCCUACAUGUCUUUGGACCCAAUCAGUGAUGAGGAUACGGGCAGUUAUGUCUGCGCCAUGAUUGGCUACAAAGAUCUCCCCUCGUCUGCUGUCAAUCUCAAAGUCCAGAGACGACCCAGAAACAGUGUGGUGUCUGAAAUCUCUGACGGUGGAUCAAAGGAGGACAGUGUACCGACUCAGACGCAUGGAAGUGAUCUGGAAGCUCAGAACUCGGACCAAUUCUUCAAUAAACGCAAAAGCAGGUUUACGUCCUUCUCUGUAAUGCUUGUAGCCAGUGUUAGCAUCGGAUUGGUAAUUACAAUGAUGGUGACUUUACUAGUCCUCAAAUUAAAGAAGAAGAAGAAGAAAAAGAAGAAAAAGAGGAGAAGAUGUGUUGGUUCAGUCCCUGGGCCUCCCAACCCAGACAGUGACUUCUACAUGGCUCUGGAUAUCAACUCCAUGUCUGCUGACUAUGACACACUGGACACAGUGAUACGCAGUCCAGCUACUGACCAUGUUUAUGAGAACAUACAGCAGCCUGGAAACUCCAGCCUGGAAACUCCCUGAGAUGAGAGAGAGGUUUUACAGCAGCCCACCACCAGUUUUGCAUAUGAUCUCCCAUGUACUGUGUAUGCAUUUCAUGUUAUUUC